AGAACCCUGAACCCAACCCUUCUGCAUUAAUGUCAACUGCUCUUCUUAUCUAAAACACACACACCCGAUCCAAGUGUCGUUCAAGUUCAACCCGUUUCGCACAGAAGUAAAUGUGAUUCAACAAACCCCAAGCCCCGUCCUUGCGCUCAAAGCAAAAAUGCCCCUCGCGUCAACAUCCGUACAACUGAGCACCCCACUCUCGCCGUCUUCACCGACGUCCACCUCAAGCCCCUCCACUGCCCCCCGUACGUCCGCCCUGAAUGUAGACGAGCUUUUGAAGCGCGCCAGCGCCGUGCGGAGGUCCUCCCAGGGAAUUGCCGACAAUCUGCGGGACGCGCUGGAAACGGCGAAGCCGGAGGUGGAAAAGGUGCGGAAGCGUGUGGAUUACAUGACGCAGCUGCAGGAGCAAAUCGAGCGCAGCGAACAGGCGUUAAACAACGACCCGGAUGGGGACUUUCAGAACUUCGCUAUCCAGUGCGAAUAUGUCUUGGUCUGGAAACUUGUGCUGCUAAUUUGCAAAUGGUAGGCGCACUGCAAUACGCAGCCAAGCAUGACAAGGUCUUGAGCUCCUGUGUGUUGCGUGUUCUGCAUGACAAGCUGCGUUUUUGCAUGACAGACAAGAGGUGGCGCUUUUCCUGCUCAUGCAUCACAGAGCUGAAAGUCAUGGGCGACAAGCAUGACAGACUUGCAUUCUAUUUUCAGACCCAGACACAUCCGCAUUCGAUAUUCGUGAAGAAGAAGCAAAUCGACUGGGUCGAGAACUUCGUGACGUGGGAAACGCUGCAGAAAAGAGUGAUGGAAAGCCCAAGCGUGUUGCUCGCGGGCGACAAAAUGGUACCGAGGACGAGUGCGGGGGAAAUGCAUAAACAAAGUAGGAAUAGCCUUUUUUCUGUUGUGCAGAAGACGAACGACGAGUGGAAAAGAAUGCUUUCCGCGGAAGCGUUUUACGUGAUGCGGGAGGAAGGAACGGAAAAGGCAGAUUUGGAAAAAGACUGGGACCAGUAUUUUGGCAUUGCUAAAUCAGUAACACCAGGCGAUACAAAUCCCGGCGUCGUUACUUCUUCGCAGGGGAAGAACAAAUACAGUGAGGCUCCUCCUCCUCCUACGCAAUUCUCAGGAGCAGACGCAACCUCCCACGUCGCACCCCCGAUGGUAGUCUUAGGCUACUUCCGCUGUACCGCCUGCGGCCUGCCGCUCUACCGGUCCGAUUCCCGGUUCCGCAGUAACCACCACGGCUGGCCGGCCUUCAACCGGUGUCUCUUUUCCAGGGGAAAAUACGGGUACCACGUCGCGCUGCGGCUGGAUUUUCCGAAAAAGCGGUGCGAAAUCCUUUGUCGGCGGUGCGAGGGGCAUUUAGGGCACGCGUUUUUCAACGAAACCCGACCGGGGUCGCAGCGACACUGCGUCAACGCAGUCUGUUUGCAGUACGUUCCUGGGAACUGGGACGAGGUGGCGGAAUUCGUCGCAGAAGGUCGGCGUUUGGAAAAUAGGGAGUAUUUUGAAGUUUCAUAGCGGUGAUUGUAUGCAGUCGUGAUCUAUUUGUAAGAUAAAUGAAUCUUUGCAGCUAGUAGGGGCCAAAACUAUGUUUCGCGCGGAGAAAAAGAUAAUUGUAAGAUUGUUUGGGAACAACUACAACAACAGCCACCUCAAACUGGCUGACCAUAUCAACCACACGCGGUUUUUUUCUAGAAC